UCGCCCCUGCAGCCUUCGAGCAGUGUCCCUGCGUGCAAGGGGCACGCAGCCAUGAGCGCUCGCAGAGCGUAAGCGCAGCUCGAACGCUCACUCCCGUGUCGCUGGGCUCGGCUUCGCUCCGCUCAUGAUACGCUCAUGGCUACCGGGGCUCACAGGAUUGCCUACAGCUGCCACCAUCGCCCCGAAUUCGCCACCUCCACUUCUUCGUGCCUGUCCUCGUCUUGCGCAUCUCGACGGAGGUUUGCUCCGGUGAAUGCAAGCUAUCGCAUUCUCGGACUCGAGAGAUUUUCUGCAGGGAGGGUUUCCAAGCCCAUCGGAGGCGCAUUUCUCAAGCCUUUGCAGACAAGGAGCGCGAAGGUAAGGGCGGGCAACGAUGGUGAGAGUAGCGGCAGCUCAUCCGGGGACGGAGGAAAGAGCAGGGACGACGAGUCAGGGCAGGCGGCAGGAGAGGACAGCGAGAUUGAUGACGCAGAGGAGAUUAGGGAGAUCAGGGACGAAAUUCGGAGCGAGCUGAAUCCUGAGGAAGCUGCUGGAGCAUCAUCAUCGCAGCGGGCGUCGACGGGAGAUUCUCGAUUCUGGGGCAAAUGGUGGGGGAGAGUGCGGCGGCAAAUCGACGAUGCGGCAGAGGAGGAUGCGGAAGGGCCCAGUAACAAUGGUGAUGAUGGUUCUGACAGCGAAGACGAAGACGACGACGAAGGGGACGGUGUCCGACUGAAGCAGGAAGAGGAAGAAGUCGUCAAUUCCGUCGAGGAAGAUGCUCCCGCAGCGGAACCAGCGAAGGCAGGGUUUUGGAGCAGAUUAUGGAGGCGAAGGCCCGACGCCACAGCCUCAGCAGAUGUCGACCCAGAAACUAGUAAAGAUGACGAAUUGCUGCUGCGCGACUUGGAGAAUCUGCAGUUCCAGUGGAAGGAAUUGCUGGAACCGAGUGUGGAGAAUGUGCUAGCACUGGCUUUGACAGCUGUUCUGGCAUUCGCAGGAGUGCAGAUUAUUUGGCAGAUGGUUGUGGUCGCAACCGCCAUCACCCUCUCUGCUCUCAAGUACACAGUUCUGGCCGCCAUUAUCGUGGGGCUCCUCAUAUUUCUACUCUGAUGAUCCAUCCGUAGGUUGCGUUAGCUUCCUUCAACCCUUCCUUUCAUUUCAGCUCCAGCAAGAAAAAAGCCCUUUGCAGAUCAAGCGCGGAGACAGCUGUGCCUUGAAGACAUCCACCACCAGUAUCAUUUUUGUCCUUAACGGGGCCUUGCUCAUUCAUCCAUUAUUCUGUCACUGAAUUCAGUCAAUUUUGUUUUUCUAUCGGUGAAUCUAACCACCGCCAAUUAGGUCACUUGAACCUCAUAUGAUUUGUACAUCUAAUCUCAAUAUUCCUUCGUCGCGGACGAAGAUGUACCAUAGAGUGUAAUUCUGCCCAAUUUUGUCCCUGGAAUCAUCCUCCUACACAAAAUGUUUGGAACAGAGGUGGUACAAGCGUAUGCUCGGGUAUAUCAUGCAGGCUUGGUGGAGCUGCUCUGCGGGAUAUCAAGUAGUGUACAGGCCGAGGAUAUGUUGACUUGAAAGUAUCACCAUAUAGACAAAAUUAAUCUUUGAUCGGUGUUGUCUAUUUGGUAUUUAGCGCAGAAUGCAAUAAACCCGAGUUUUAUCCUCGGAUCAUCUCGAGCAAGCUGAGCACGAGAUGUUUUGUGC